ACUUUUCUUGCAAAGAUGUAUUCCCGAAACACCUACGGUGCAAAUGCGGAUUCUGUUUGCCGUGUUCUUACUUCUCAGCAGAAAACUGCUAUCUCAACUCUUCGCCGCCGAGCUCACUGGUUGAAACUAAUGUCCGUCAUUAAUUUUGUUCAAAAAUAAAAUCUUUAAUAUGUGGCUUUUUCAAGGCGAAACUAGUAGUGCUAGAAUAACACUAGUAGUAUACUCUGCUGAAGGGCGAAUUAACGUUUUAUCAGUUAUCUAAUAGAGAGCUUCAAUAUCACACAUUUAAGUUGCAACGAAGCUCCCGUUUGGAUAAUCGCGUUCCAGCUGAUCACUGACAAUACACCUUACCUUUUAAUCAGAGUUUACUUUCUCGUAUUAUUUGUAACGGUUACGUAAUAUAAUAAUACUGCAACUUCUAACCCACUAACACUCCAGCCAUUGGAAACUACUACUGUAUUGUAUUCUUUCUUCCUUGUGGGUAUUAUUGAUACAGAUAUUUUUUUGGACGUUUGUACCAUAAUGUUUUAAUAUUAUAAUGGAUUUUUAAGUAAGAUAGAUAUUUUUAGGUGCGGUAGCUUUUAUUUGUGUUCGUAAUACGUUCAUUACACAGAAUAUUCUAAGCAGUUUUCUGUCACAAAUAAGAAAGUUUUAAAAAAUGUCGAACCGCUAGUUUCGCUGUACAUUACGAGAAUUUGAAAAUACCGCUCAGUCCCACUUGAUUCCUCUCGGUUAGAAAGAAAAGAAAAUUUUAAAAAACGGCAACGUCGAGUUGUUUUGUACUUUACACGCUUACAUUGCCAGUUAUUUGGUGAAUAAUACGAAUAUGGAGGAAGCACGUGCUUCUCAAUACGUGACGAACAUUCGGAAAGAGAUUAGAAGAGUUAUUCUUGUUAGGAAGUUGGCAUUCAUCAGAUGCGUCAUGGGUGUAUUUAGCAACUGUGUGUCAAUGGGACUGAAAGAAUCGUGCAUCUUCGUGCUGUCAAAGUCGAACAACGCCCAGGUGAAGGUUUUCAGUGCCCGAGAUUUGCGUAUUGCUCAAAGAAAACGUCAUGGAAUCAUCAAAUGGGAUUUCUCCUUCUGACGGACCCGAAAUCGUCCAGGGAAGUGAGAACGCGUCUGAUGACGGUAGCCACGAGACUCGGACGGGAAAAGCACCUCGUAGAGUACUGCAUUUUAGCGACGGAGUUCUGGAAGAAUACAGUACGGAUGACGAAGAGGAAGAGGUUGAUAAGCCAGAUCCUUCCAAAGCUAUUGACACGAAAAAGUUGUCAUGGCCCCGAUACUUCUUGUAUGCAACAAUGGCUUUUGGGAAUGGUACUUUAAAAGUGUGCGACUACCUCGGUGAAGGUUUGGCCAACAUCUUGGGAAUAACCACACCAAAAUAUCAGUAUGAAAUUAAUGAGUAUGAGCGAAUGGUGAAAGAGCAAGAAGAAGCGAAAAAGAAAGAAGAUAUUGAGAUGCGUGGAUGGCGUGAAAACAGUUCUAAUGACAAUCCACCUGUGGUUUCUACCAGUCCAGGUCCUGCUGUUGCCACAAUUUCAGAAACCCAGGAGCGAUAUUAAAGGAUCUUAACGUAACUACUGUGUGCUCAACUGUUGAUGUUUGCAGAUCAAAUUUGCAUCAAAUUUGUAGUUUUGCUAAAGAUAUUUUACCAAUUUUGGUAGCUCAACAGGUAGCUCUUGCAGCAGUGGUAUUGUUAUACCUGGGCAUGAGUAAAGCAUUGAACUUUUUUUUCCCAAGAGAUGCAAAUGUCAGAAUUUCUUGACUUCUUAUUGUCCUGGAAUACGAUUUUUUAAACAUUUUUGUACACAAUCUCUUUGUGAACAAAGUACUGACUGAAAAUGUAAAGAAGGUCAAUGAAAAGGUCAGAUUAUUGAGUGAUGGCUUGUGCAAGUUUCUGAAGUGGAGGAAACAAGUUUAUUGCUUAAACAUCUGCAAUUGAAACUUACUGCAAAUUAGAGUAUACAUGUUGACUUGCGAUGGGAGAAGGUUUGUCAGAUCUAUUAGUUCAGUUUUCCUGUGGCAUAUGUCAGUCAACGAUGUAAGAUUACACUGGCUGCCAUUGUCUGAGCAUUCCCUUCCAGAGAAAACUCCAUGGCCCAGUUGUCUCGGCCAAUAAAUGACAGUGCAAGAGAGGGGAUUUUCCCCUUUAGUGGAAUAGCUCCAUUAAAAACGUUUUUUCUUCUGGUCAUGGGUGAUUAACUCGGGUGAGGAGAAAAGGCUGAGUUCCACCACAUAGCGACUUUAGACUUGCAUAGCUUAAAAUACACAUAGUUUAAAACACUUUAUUACAAUAACUUUCACUACACAUACCAACUAAAAUUUGUGCAUUUUUCUUCAUUCGAAGCAGAAGUUUUAUUUGGCAAUUACAAGAAGAAAAUAUAAGGGCAAUUGCCCCCCUUCUCUCUGAGAAAAUGGCAACUGGUGAUGCCACAGCAUUAUUUACCAUAUUUCAACCUGAUCUGCUAAAAUAUAAAAAUAUUAGUGUUAGUUGCUUCCAAAAAGAGGUACAAAUGGUGAAAUGGUACUAGUUAAGGAACUACAUGUAUGUGACCAGGACAGUAUUUACUCGGCUUCAACAUUUUGAAUUUCACUAUAGAACUGUGCCAUUAAAAGAAAUCAACUAUGCACUCCAGGAAUUGUAUGCAAGACUUACCAGAUUGGUCAUAAAUACAAUGGAACUCCAAUUAUCCAGAUUAAUUAAGACAUGUCAUGAGCCACAUAAAAUAAUUGGAUAAUGAAAUAAUAAAUCACAAUUAAAAGGUAAUUUGUAAAAAACACUAAAAAGUAUGUAUAUUUCACUGUGAGUACUAAAACACAGGCUCUCAAGGAACAAAAAACCAAAAAACUUAUAAGAUGGAACUUGUAGUGGCAAAUCAAUGUAGGUUAAGAUCACGUUCCUGAUUGAUAAGUCCAACAAUGCGCACAGUACAUGUGUUUACUGUAUUCAUUGUUCUCUGGAAGAUUUUGUGUUUUAAUUCAUUUUGCUGCAGAUUGAUUAUAGAAAGAUAAAGAAAUGUACAGUAAAGUAAUAACUGUUGAAGAAAACCAUCUUGUUGUUUUAAUAAAGUAAUUUUACUCUAUCAAUUUUUUUCUUCAAAAAGAUAUGGAUUAUGGGAGUUCUAGUGAAUACAAAUGGUGCGCUAGGAGGGAUGUGCAAUGUAAAUAUUCCAAUUGGACCUCCAUUUUAAAAAUAUUUAUUGAUACAUAAUACAUAACAAGUUUUAUUGUAUACAAAUAUAUUUAGAUACACUAAAAAAAUAUGUAUUUAUUUUUACAUGCACUCACAAAUACAGGAAUGUGGUCUAUAUGUAUUCAACUCAUAUCAGUAUGUUUUUGACUACAUAAAUCAGUUACCAAAGAUGUCUUUCAUGGAUAGUGAGAUUUUAGAACGCUCUUUAUUAUUGUGCAAUAUAUUUUCACACUGAAGUUGUUUGUAAUUGAUAACUGUCCAGUUGUCUUAAGACUUGUUUUGACUGCUGUAAUAAAAUAACUUUUCUCUUUAGAGCACAUCAUUUGCUGUGCACAUUUUUGUACAUUGUUUUUUACAUUUUGCAACGUUUUCAGGAACAGCCACGAUUUAAGGAGGAAAAAAGUCAAUUAUAUAAUACUACUUACUUCUGCUGAUGGAAAGUAGUGCUCAGAAUUUAUUUUUCUUCUGCAGUAAGAUAAAGUAAACCUUAGUGACACAUGUAUCUGAAACCUUUUUAUUUUGUGAUGUGGAGCUUGAGAUGAAUUUGGGUUUGAAACGAAAAUCUUGUUUGGAAGCAAAGAGAUCGGAUAUGCCUGUAAAGGUUCUGUUACCAACUAAAGGUACCCAUAAUUGACAAAUGUAUUGGUUGAUUGUCCCAUGAAUAUGUGUCACUGUAAGGGAUUAUUUUUGUAUAUAUCUGCAAGAAUAUGUUCAAUUUUCUAUUAACAUGUGCUUCUGCUGUAAGUGGACAUCAUUGAUUCCACAGAAAAUUGGUUGUUAGUGAAGGUGGCUGCAUAACAGUUGUGAACCAAAGAGUGCAAGAGGGUGUGUGUAAAUGUUUGAACCCAGUAUAUUUUUCAAUUUUUGUUUAGCCAGGAACUCUUUCUUCAUUUAGAACUUUGUUUUAGAACUUUUAUUGUUGAUAUGCCAUAACCCUAAGUGAUAGUUUUGUCUUUUAAUGCUUAUUGAAUGUUAACAAAACAAUUCAAAACCAUCACAAUGUGCAAUUGCUUUGCGGAAACUCUGGUGAUCUCUUGUAGCCAGGAGUGCUCAUAGACAUGUUAAAUUCUUAUUUUAGUAUCUGUUGAUGCAGAGAAUAGUUGUGCAACCGUAGCAACAUAUUGAGAGGCCUCUCAGCGAUUCCUUUUUGUCACUUUUUACAACCUUAUUCUCACUUUCUUUUUCUUUUUUUUCCAAAAAUUGAUUUAUUGAUUUAACUUUUUAUAUGUUAUCUUGAAUGUAUUAUAAUUCUUUGAAAAUCAAGGUAGGAAUAAAGUGAAAAAAGUCAAAACAGCAGGAAACUUUUGUUUGGAAACUAACACAGGGUGGCCACUUUCUGAAAAACAUGGAAAACCGGGAAAAAUCAGGGAAUUUGAAUGCUCUGGAAAAGUCAGGAUUAAAUCAGGGAAUUUGUGGAAGAAUUAUUAGAAGUCACGGAAAAUUUGGAGUUGGUUAUAAAACUAGAUAUUAUUCCUAAGAAAAUAGUACAGCAUUAUAUUUUACUCAAUUUUUAUUUGUUAAGUUUGUUUAAUUUGUAUUUUAUCUUUGCAAAACUAAGGGAGCUGACAAAUAAGUUUCACGCUUGCAUUAAUAUUUUCUUAAAAUAUUGUGAAAUAUUCUAUAAAUCUUAUCAGUGAACAACAACAACAAAAUGCUCUGGAAAACCAUGAAAAUUCAGGGAAAAAUGUUUCGGAAAGUGAGUGGCCACUCUGUAACAUUCCAAAAGAAAGAAUGAUAGAAAAGAAAGAAAGAUAUGUGAAUGAACUCAAGAGAGGUAUGAUGAUAGUAUAGCAUGAGCAGCACCUUCGUGAAAAUAAACGCACACGCCAGCAGGGGAAGUUAUGGGAGGAUUUUUAUGUACCUAGUGACGUUAAAAUGCUGCAUUGUUAUGGUCCCCGUAGAAGAAAUUGUGACAGCUUAAGUUCAUCUUAAAGUUUGGCAAUUUAUUGCUAAUUUCCAUUAUUUUGAUGAAUACAUACAUUUCCUUCUACAGUUAUCCGGUAUAGGCUAUGAUUGCAUAAUUGGCAUUUGAAAUUUGCUGAUUUCUGAUUUUGAAGUAAAUGCUUGAUAAUUUUGGGGUUUGAUAUAACCAAAUAUGAAGUUUGCUGACUUCGAUGAUGUAAACAUGAGUUUGUAUAAUGAGACAACUUUUUGUCCCUUUUUUAUUCAUUCUGAUUGCUGUCGCUGUCACUUUUAGGAAUAUUACAGAAAUUUAUUAUUGUCACUUUCAGGAAUUACGUCAGAUUAAUGAUGUUUAUAUUGGCAAAUUGUUGUUUAAGAUAUUGGUUAAGAUUUUUUGUGCAAGGAGCCUGUCCAGAUAUUGGUGUUCCUGACAGUGGUGGUUGUUCCAAGAUACCCUUCUAGAAGCACCAAUGUUAGGAGGGUUUCACUUGUGCUUAAUGACUGAUUAAACUUGGGAAGAUGAAUUUGUAUUUAAUAUUUAUUAUGUGAGACCUUUCUGUAAAUUUUUUUUACUCUGCAGUUCUUCUGACACUCACCAAAACCUUCACACAACUUAAGUUAUUUACUAGUCAAGUAUUGGACUUACAUUCCUAAGACUAUUAAAUCUUCAAAUCCUUUUAAUUGUGAAGAUUUACGAUUUGGAAAAUUGAAACUUAUCUUUGUGAAUUUUUUUUUUCCAGUCGAUUAAAUCGUUUGCUUUUAAAGUAUGUCUAUUCUCCAAGCUCUUAAGCUUUGAGACUUCUGUAAUAUAAUUUCAUUAAUAUGCUCAUCAAGACUUGGAUGAAUUUAUUUUUCUGUGAAUGGGAGUAGAGAAUUAAUUACCUGAUUAAUUUGCUGUAUAACCUCCUUUCAUAGUGAAUUCAAGUAUGCUCAGUUUUCCUGAUUUGCUGUUGCCCUAAAAUGGCCACAAUAGAACAGCUGAAAUGUUGGAAAAUCAACCCACCAAACAGCAUUGCCUGGGCAAUAUGCGUUAUAUUCUUUGAAAUAGUUUUGUCUUUGAGAGCAUAGGCUUCCUUGGCCAGACUUGACUGCUUCGACGACUCUGCUUCCUAGGCAAAUAUGCCAAUGUUUCGGCUGCCAUUCUGUGACCUGCCUCAUAGUGAAAUGCCAAGUAGUUUUGCCCUUGCUAACUUCUUUUUAUGCCAUCCUUUCUACAUUUAUUAUGUAGCCCAUUUAAUUGUAUGCAGAGGAGUUGAUGAAUUGCAUUAGAAAGAUUUACGAUUUUUUUCACCUCUAAGUAGGCUAGAAUUAUUACAUUGUUUAAUCUGUAUACAAAUGUACAUGUUUUAUGAAGCUUUUCUUUAAUGUCUUAUGUAACAUUCCACAAUCUGUUACAUUUCGUGGUGAUACUGAAGGGUCUGUGUCUGAUGUUGUAAAUCACCGAGUUGUCAGAGUAAUACAUUUUCAAAGUGUUUGGUUGCAAAGAGUUUAUGUACUGUAUUUUUGUUGCAUUUUUUUAAAUGUGUACUAACUAUUCUAUAUAAGGAGAGACAAACAUCUGGUUAAAGGAAAAUGCAGUUGAGAAAUGUGAAAUUCGUAUCCUGCUUGUGUAAUAGAUUUAAAUUCUAGUCAUACUUUCUUGUCAUCUUGGGUACUUCUGCUUAUGAACUUCUGUUUUUAUUUAACCAGUCUGCAUGUUGACAAUCCUUUUGCAUAGUUUCAAGUAAAAUAACAUAAUAAAUGUAAUAUUUUCUUUAUAUUUAUGACAAUCAGUAGACAGUGUAUGUAUUAACAAGUCAAUAUUUUUACAAAUGUAUUUAUAUACAGUAUUUUUACAUUGUACAAGGCAAAUUAUAUCUGUAGAGUCA